AUUGCCAACACAUUUAUUCUUCUCCUUCAGAGCAAACAAACACUACCAAGAAAUUCUGCAGUGCCUAUUAAUCUUUGUUGAGCUUUGGUUUUUUGUUUCUCGGACUCUUCUUCUUGUAAGGUUGCGUCCUCUGCUUCUGAUUAGAGGCCGCCAUGGAUGAGGUCCUGGGAAGGAGUAGCUCAGUGAGAGUCACAAGGAGCAUCUUUGGUGAAAGCACCGGUGGGAGUGGGAGGAAGCUGGAGAAGAACAGGGCGAGGGAUGUUCUUCUAGGACAAGAGAAUUUGUCUCCGGAAAUGAAGCAGCUCGCGAAAUUCUGCAUGGAUAGGCUGAAUGAACGCAAGGCCGCCGUGGACAAGGAGAGAGCCGCCGCCGAGUCCGAGCUGCUGAGGGCGCGCGCCAUGGCGAAAGAGCUGGAGCGCCAAAUCGAGCAGGCCAAGGCCAGGGCGACGUCCAGGAGAUCAGAGCUCCCGACAAUGCGGGCGACAGGGGCACCCAAGAACGGCGCCGACGCGUCGAGCUCGCAGGAGGAGCGCGACGCGGCUGAGUACGCGGAGGUGGCGCGGGAGCUGGACCGUGCCAAGCAGGAGCUGCGCAGGCUGGGGCUGGAGAUGAAGUCCGCGGCGGAGGCCAAGGCCAAGGCCGAGAGCGACAUCGUGGCGUCGGCGAUCACCAUCCAGUGCAACCUGCGCUCGGCCGACGAGAUGAAGCGGCUGGUGGACGAGGCGAACGAGGAGCACGUCCUGGUGGAGCUCGCGCGCAUCGAGGCCGAGCGGGAGUGCCGCGAGAUCGACGCCCAGCGGCGCGCCGAGGCGGAGCGGUUCGCCGGGGAGAUGGAGGCCACCAGGGCCAAGAUCGAGGCGCUGCGGAAGGACGUGGUCCGCGCGAGGGAUAUGGAGGCGAUGCUCGCCGUGACGAACGCCGACGUGGAGGUCCUGCAGUCCGAGAUGGAGCUGGUGCGCGCCAUGGAGAGGAACAAUGCCAAGAACGACGACGCAGCGGAGGCUGAGGCGAGGCGGAAGAAGGAAGAGGCGCAGGACAAGGCGCUGCUGCAGGCUGCGGAGGCCGAGCUCGAUGCGGCCAAGAAGGAGCUGGAGAGCAUCAAGGCCGAGAGAUUCCAGUUCAUGACGUCCAUGGACAGCGCGCGCACCGAGAUCCUUAGAGUCUCCGAGGAAGUGAAUCGGCUCAAGGCGGAGGAGAAGAAGGCGGACGCGCAGGUGCAGCAGCUGAACGCCAAGCUGCUGAAGGCGAGGGCCCGGUUGGAGACCCUCACGGAGACCGACGAGCGAUCCAGGGCGAUCGUCUCCAACCUGACGUUGGCACUGCAGCAGCUGCAAGCGGAGAAAGAGAAGGCGAGGAAAGAGGAGGAGCUGACCGAGAUCGAGCGACGGUGCGUGCGCGCCGAGACCGAGAGCGCGAACGCCGAGAUCGCCGUGACCGAGGCACGUAUCCAGCAGUCCGUGAAGGAGCUUGAGGCGGCGAAGGUGGCCGAGGCCGCGGCGAUGAAGAAGCUGAAGGCCGCCGUGGAGGGCACGAUGCAGGCGAGGGCGUCACAGGGUUCGGGGACCAUAACCAUCUCGCGAUUCGAGUACGAGUACCUGAGCGGGCGCGCGGCGCUGGUCCGCGUGGUGGCGGACAAGAAGGUGUCCGCAGCGCAGGCGUGGGUGCAGGCGCUGAAGGCCGGCGAGAAGGAGCUGGAGGCGCGCGCGGAGGCCGCGGAGCUCGUGGCCGCCGAGGUGCGCGCCAGGGAGGCCGAGGCGGCGGCGGAGGCGGAGAGCGCGGCGGGCGAGCAGAAGGCGCUGGAGCUGGAGCUGUACGACCUGAACGCGGCGGCGGAGCGGGAGGAGCUGAUGUGCGAGUACCCGCGGCGGCGGUCGACCAGGGUGUCGGCGACGAUGCGGAGGGCGAGGGCGCGGCGGCCGUCGGUGUCGUCGGCGUCGGGGAUCCGGAACCCGCGGUCGCCGUCGUUCACCAUCAAGAGGAAGAAGAAGGUGAUGCCCAGCAUCUUCAAGCUCAUCAAGCAGAGGAAGGACAAAAGCGCCAGCUGAAGCUGGGCCUCGCCGAACGCCGAAGAAAGCAGCGCCAUCGCCCAUCGGCGUUCAGCAGGGUGGUGGCUACAUGUAUAGCAGUGUACCAAUCUCUGUUGCUUGUACAUGACUACAUGUCAGGUGCCACUGCAAUGCAAAAUGUACAGGGUUCUUGUGCA